UGACAACGCCCGUUCCUCUCCUCCUGGCCCAAUGGCCGAAAACAUCUACAGCAAGGGGACCAGAGUCUGGUUCGCCGACAAGGAUCAGGGAUGGAUUUCCGGAGAGGUCUCGUCCGUCAUCAGGAAUCCCGACGACUCCAUCAAGCUCUUCUUCGUUGACGAGCGCGGCAAGGAAACCAAGAUAGACACCUCGGUGCAGGACAUCAAGGAUGCAAAAGAGGGCUUGCCUCCAUUACGCAACCCCCCGCUCCUCGAGACGGCCGAUGACUUGGCUACGCUCUCACACCUUAACGAGCCCUCCGUUCUGCAUACCAUCCGGAUGCGAUACGCGCAACAUAGCAUCUACACCUACUCCGGCAUUGUCCUCAUCGCCAUGAACCCCUUCCAGCGCGUCACGCUCUACGGCCCGGAGAUCAUCCAGGCGUACAACGGGCGACGGCGCGGAGAGCUGGAGCCGCAUUUGUUCGCCAUCGCAGAGGAUGCGUAUACGGCCAUGUCGAAAGAUAGCAUGGGACAGACGAUCAUUGUCUCCGGAGAGAGUGGUGCCGGAAAGACGGAAUCCGCCAAAUACAUCAUGAGGUACCUCGCCUCCGUGAACCCUCCAAACUCCAAGAGCAGGGGCAAGACAAAGAUAUCCCUGGACGAGUCGAGUGAAGUCGAGCGGCAGAUCCUGGCGACUAACCCUGUACUGGAAGCGUUUGGUAACGCGAAAACGACACGAAACGACAACUCAUCCCGGUUCGGCAAGUACAUCCAGAUUCUCUUCGACGGGCAGCAAGAGAUCGUCGGCGCACGGAUACGGACAUACCUCCUGGAGCGGUCAAGAGUGGUCUUCCAGCCGCUCACCGAGCGCAACUACCAUAUCUUCUACCAGCUGUGUGCCGGUGUCCCGACGAAGGAGAGGAAGGACCUUGCUCUCGAUACGGAUGUCUCCAAGUUCCAGUAUCUCAGCCAGGGAGGUUCCCACUCCACGCCUAUACCCGGAGUCGACGAUGCGGAGGAGUUCCGGCAAACGCAGACGGCGCUGUCGACUAUUGGGAUCAGUAUCGACAAGCAGUGGGCGGUGUUCAAGCUCCUCGCUGCUCUCCUCCACCUCGGCAACAUCAAGGUCACCCAGACUCGCUCGGACGCCGUCAUCGACGACGCGGACCCCGCCUUGCAGCUCGCCACGCGCUUCUUGGGAGUCCCGCUCGCGGACUUCAAGAAGUGGACGAUCAAGAAGCAGAUCACUACACGGUCGGAGAAGAUCGUCUCCGCGCUGAAUGCUUCGCAGGGUACGGGAGUGCGGGACAGUGUGGCGAAGUUCGUGUAUGCGUGCCUCUUCGAGUGGCUGGUCGCGAUCGUCAACGAGAGUCUGGCUGGCGAGAACGGAGAGGCGGCGAGCCGCGCGGAGAUGUUCAUCGGUGUGCUGGAUAUCUACGGGUUCGAGCACUUCAAGAAGAACUCCUUCGAACAAUUCAGCAUCAACUACGCGAACGAGAAGCUGCAGCAACAGUUCAACGCGCAUGUCUUCAAACUCGAACAAGAGGAGUAUGUCCGCGAGAAGAUCAACUGGACGUUCAUCCAGUUCUCGGACAACCAGCCUUGCAUCGACGUCAUCGAAGGCAAGCUGGGUGUCAUGGCGCUGCUCGACGAGGAAUCUCGUUUGCCGUCCGGUACGGACGCGUCCUUCUUGCAGAAGCUGCACAACCAACUGCUCAAGCCGGACAACGCGAAGGUCUUCAAGAAGCCGCGCUUCGGCAACUCAGCCUUCACGAUCGCUCACUACGCCCUGGACGUCACGUACGAAGUCGAAGGGUUCCUCGAGAAGAACCGCGACACUGUACCCGACGAGCAUAUGGCCCUCCUCAUGUCCACGAAGAACGCCUUCCUAAAGGAGGUCCUCGACGCUGCCUUCGCUGCCACGAAGGGCUCCGACUCCGCGCCGCCUGCGUCGCCGACGCCCUCCGACUCGGCUAGCGGCGGUUCGCGUCGCUCCUCCGUCAUCCCAGACCCGGGACGUCAGUCCCUUAUGUCCGCUGCUGUGUCCGCGGCGGGUGGCAAGCGGCCAGGAGCCGUCGCGAAGAAGCAGACGCAAGCAUCCAUCUUCAAGGCCUCGCUCAUCAGCCUCAUGGAUACGCUCAGUCAGACGAACGUGCAUUACAUCCGGUGCAUCAAGCCGAACGAGGCGAAGAAGGCCUGGGAGUUCACGCCGCAACAGGUGCUCGGCCAGCUGAGGGCUUGUGGUGUUUUGGAGACUAUCCGGAUCAGUUGCGCUGGAUAUCCUUCGCGUUGGACGUACGAGGAGUUUGUCGAGCGAUACUACAUGCUCGCGCAUUCGUCUGAGUGGGGCCCGAUGAUCCAAAACCUCGAGUUGAAGUCCCUGUGCACGCUCGUCCUCGAUCGCACGCUGAAUGACUCGGACAAGUACCAGACGGGUCUGACCAAGAUCUUCUUCCGUGCCGGCAUCCUCGCUGCCCUGGAGUCUAUGCGAGGCGAAAAGCUGAACUCUCUGGCCACGGUUAUCCAGAAGAACAUGCGGAGGAGGGUGGCCGUCAGGCGUUAUCGGGAGCUGCGGGCGGCGACGGUCAAGAUCCAGACAUGGUGGCGCGGCAUCCUUGCUCGCAAGUUCGUCGAGGGUGUCCGCCGCGAGGUCGCGGCUAUCCGCCUGCAGGCUGUUGCGCGCCGGUUCGUCCAGAGGCGCAAGUUCUUGCAAGUGCGGAAUGGGGUUAUCCGCUUGCAGAGUCAGGUUCGCGGCGCUCAAGCUCGGCGACUAUUCGCCAACUCUCGGCGCAACAAUGCAGUCGUCCUUCUGCAAAGUCUCUCCCGUGGAAUCCUUGUACGACGGGCUCACCACGAGGACGUCCAGAACGUUGUUCUCAUCCAGUCUUGCAUCCGUCGUAGACUGGCACGUAAGGAGCUUAAGGCUCUUCGCCAGGAAGCACGAUCAGUCUCGAAGUUCAAGGAGAUCUCGUAUCGACUAGAGAACAAGGUCGUGGAGCUCACGCAGACGCUGCAGAAGCGCACGGAGGAGAAGAAGGAGCUCCAGACCAAGGUUACGCAACUCGAGCAGCAGCUCCAGGUGAUGACCUCGCGGCACGAGGAGUCGGAUUCGCGUGUGAAGCAGUUCCAGUCCGAGCUGCACUCAACACAACAGGAGAUCAGCCGGCGCGACGAGCUGUUGCUUGCGAAGGAGGACGUUGAGCGGCGUUUGGAGGAGGCGCUUGCAAAGGCUGCCGAGAAGGAAGACGCGAUACAGAAGCUCACGGAGGACUUGGCACAACAAGCUGCACAGCUGGAGAGCCAACAGCGAGCUAUCGACAGCGUGCCCCCUCGAAACGAAGACGACAGCUCGAUCAUACUCACACUCAAGAGCGAGGUCAGCAACCUGCGAGAGCAGCUUAACCGUGCGAACGCUCUCAACGUCCUCACGAGAGGCCCCAGAGCGGAGCCCUCAUCGCCCACUUUUGCCACGGCCUUGCGCCUCGGAGACGUUCCCAAUGGCAACGUGAACGGGAAUGGUGCCGCGCUGCCUAAUGCUGCUCGCAGUCACCAACGACGACAUAGCUCGGCUGGUGUAUACGCAAUCAACCCCAUUGACAACCGGACAUCUGCAGACGAGCUCAUGAUCAUGGCGAAGCGUAGCCAGGCGAACAAUCCCCGCGCAGUCUCUGUGGCAUAUAACGGCGAGGACGGUCUUCCUCGCUUCAGAGCCCCGAAUGGCUUGUCGGACAUGUACGAUCCCGCGGAGGAGAAGAUCAGACUUAUGCAGGACGUCAAGCGUCUCGACGAAGACGUACUCGACGGUCUUAUCCGUGGCUUGAAGAUUCCGGCUCCGAGUACGACGAACCCUUCUGCCGUCAAAGAAAUCCUGUUCCCGGCCAACCUCAUCAGUCUCAUUACCAACGAGAUGUGGAAGUAUGGCCUUAUCCCGGAGAGCGAGCGAUUCUUGGCCAAUGUCAUGCAAACCAUCCAGUCGCAUGUUAUGUCGUUCGGAGGAGAGGAUGCGAUCAUCCCCGGUAUCUUCUGGCUCUCGAACGUCCACGAGAUGCUGUCUUUCAUAUGCGUAGCUGAGAGCGACAUGUUGCAGGGAAUUGGGCCUGGCGAGGAGAACGCCGUUCGCCCAUUCGAAUGGUCGGAUUAUGAGCGGCUCGUCUCCGUCGUCAAGCACGAUCUCGACAGUCUCGAGUACAACAUCUAUCACACUUGGAUGUUGGAGACGAAGAAGAAGCUGUCCAAGAUGGUCAUCCCUGCACUGAUAGAGAGUCAAUCUCUUCCAGGAUUCACGACCACUGACGGAGGUGGCCGGUUAUUCAACCGGUUGCUCAACUCAAAUGCGCAACCGGCCUACAGCAUGGACGACAUCUUGAACCUUUUGAAUAAAGUGUGGAAGAGCUUGAAGAGCUACUACAUGGAGGAUUCCGUCGUCCAGCAGGUUGUGACAGAGCUUCUCAAGUUGAUCGGUGUAACUAGCUUCAACGAUCUCCUCAUGCGUCGUAACUUCUCGUCAUGGAAGAGGGCCAUGCAGAUCCAGUACAACAUAACGAGGAUCGAAGAGUGGUGCAAGUCUCAUGAUAUGCCAGAAGGUACUCUUCAACUAGAGCAUCUCAUGCAGGCAACGAAGUUGCUCCAACUCAAGAAGUCGACUCCCGCCGACAUUGAGAUCAUCUACGACGUCUGCUGGAUGUUGACGCCAACACAAAUUCAGCGGAUGUGCACGAACUAUUAUGUCGCCGACUACGAGAAUCCUAUCUCUCCCGAGAUCCUCCGGGUAGUCGCAUCGCGAGUAGUCGCUAAUGACCGCAAUGACCAUCUGCUCCUCGCACCCGAAACAGAGGAGGUUGGACCUUAUGAACUCCCACUUCCGCGAGAGGUAUCAGGCCUAGAGACUUAUGUCCCUGCAUAUCUUAACGUACCACAUCUCCGUCGACUAGCUGCUCUGGUAGCGUGACCUCGUACUGCGUGACUGCUCUGCUUUCUUGUGUCUGGGCUCCAUGUAAAUUGCUAUCAUUCAUACCCGCAUUUAGUUCUUAUAAUUCUGCUGAUUCAUGAAUUUGGAUGGAGCCAUCAGUGUGCUCAAUCUGAUGCAUACAUCGCCC